UGCACCAGGCUGCCUGCUCUCCUCAGGUCUCACAGCAGUUCAGUUCGUAGCUGCUCCGUCGUCUACAGGCUGAGAGUCUACGAGCUGCUGGCUCUGCUGCCUCCUCACACCUACCAGGAGAGCUUCGGUUUGGUGAUGAACCAGCUGGUCUCUGAUCUGUCCGGCCAGGACAACCUCAACCAGCCGUGCUCCGACCUCACUCUGCUGCCCCCCCUCUGUCACCCCGACGACCUGCAGCUGGUUGGCCCCGCCCUCCAGGACACCGACCACAGAUAUGUCGAGGAGCAGCUCCACGGUAGCAGUGUGGGGGGGGGCUCUCUGGAUAACGACCCCUUCAGUCUGUGUGAGAGAGGAGACGAAGCUCCCGCCGCUCCUCUUCCGCCUCCCGUCGCCCUGACCGCCGCCGCCGUCCGUCUCUUUGGAGCCGUCUUCCCCCACAUCAUCUCUGCUCAGAGAGUGAAGAUACUGGAGCAGUUUGUAGAAACCGUGAAUCAGCUGAAGGGUCAACGCCAACAGACCGUCCAGACCCAUGUCUGCGCUGCCCUCUGCAGUCUGCUCAAGCACCAGGGUGGUAUUCGAGGCUCUCUGGGGCCAGAGGAGAUCCGUUCCCCGGCGCUGUCUCUCCUGUCGGGGGCGCUGGAGAGCGUCAGUCCACUGCUGCGCUGCCUGGCUGCUGAGGGUCUUGCCCGGCUGGUUCAGGUGGUCGGAGACCCCGGCUUCACCGUGUCCGUCUCCCUGCUCUGCUUCGACAGGCUGAAGACGGUUCGAGACGCAGCCUCUCGCAGUGGCUACGCUCUGGCUCUGGGGGCGCUACACCGCCACACAGGAGGAAUCAGCUCCCCUCAACACCUGUCCACCUGCCUGGGAGUCCUGUUCACCCUGAGCCAGGACAGCACUUCGCCUGAGGUCCAGACCUGGUCUCUCCACAGUCUGUCCCUGGUGGUCGACCUGUCCGGCUGUCUUUAUCGGGCCCACGCCGAGCCGUCCUUCGCUCUGGUGCUCCGGCUUCUGCUGUCUGCUCCACCCACCCACCCUGAGGUUCACUACAGCCUGGGACGCUGCCUGCACGCCCUCAUCACCUGCCUGGGCCCCGACCUGCAGGGUGAAGGUGCAGCCGUGUCCUCUCUGCGCUCCAGCUGUCUGGUGGGAUGUGGGGUGAUGCAGGCCAGUCCCGACUGUCUGGUCCAGGCCAGAGCCAUUUCCUGUCUGCAGCAGCUACACAUGUUCUCACCUUCACACGUCAACCUGGCCAACCUCGUCCCUGCCCUCUGUGAGAUCUUGUUGGAUUAUUCCUUGUUGGCCAACCUGUGCAGCUCUUACCUGUGUCUCCGUCGGGCGGUGGUGGCGUGUCUGCGGCAGCUCGUCCAGCGGGAAGCAUUGGAGGUCUCCGAACACGCGGUGACUCUGGUCAAAGAGCUGCCGAGACGAGACAACACACAUCUGGACGUCACGAUAAAGGAAGUGGGUCUGGAGGGAGCUCUGUUCACUCUGAUGGACCGGGAGUCUGAUCCAGGUCUGAGGAGGGACAUCCAGGAGACUCUGGUCCACAUGAUUUCAUCCAGCGCCACCAGUGGGAAGCUGGGACACUGGCUUAAACUCUGCAAAGACGUCCUGUCUGCCACCACUGACUGUCGCGCUCCGGUGGAGGCGAGUCAGGAGGAAGAGGAGGCCGACUCCUGCAGAGACGACGACUCUUCUGCCUUCAGUGCCCGGCCGGAGUCUGGCGGUCCAUUCACUGCCCUGCGCUGGAGCACGCGUCGCUUCGCCAUGGCGUGCGUGUGUCGCAUCAUCGAGCAGUGUGAAUCAACUGACCCGGCUCACUUUGACAUGGCUCUGGCUCAGGAGCGGCGACUGAAUGAGUCCACCGACUUCCUCGUUCUUCAUCUCGGGGACCUGGUCCGCAUGGCGUUCAUGGCGGCUACAGAUCACAGUGACCAGCUGAGACUGGCGGGUCUCCAGACGCUGCUGGUCAUCAUCAGGCACUUCUCAGCCAUCCCUGAGCCGGAGUUCCCCGGUCAUGUGAUCCUGGAGCAGUACCAGGCGAAUGUUGGCGCUGCACUCAGACCAGCCUUCACUGCUGAUGCUGCUCCCGACGUCACCGUCAAGGCCUGCCAGGUCUGCAGCGCCUGGAUCGCUAGCGGCGUCGUCAGCGACCUCCGUGACCUCCGGCGCGUCCAUCAGCUCCUGGCCUCCUCGUUGGAUAAAGUGCAGGUUGGGGCGGACACGGUCAGUCAGCUGCACAAUGAGGCCACAGCUACCAUGGAAACACUGGCCGUCCUGAAGGCGUGGGCAGAGGUUUACAUCGUGGCCGUGCAGAGAAGCGGACAGACGGACAGUCCUGGUUGGACGGCUGACCUGUCAGUCUCCUCUAUGGCCAAUGACAGCUUGGGGUCCGAGUCAGGAGGGGCGGGCCUGCUGAAGUUGGUCCAGUCAGAUUUGUCGACGCUCAGUCGUCUGUGGCUGGCGGCGCUGCAGGACUACGCCCUGCUGACCCUGCCUCAGGAGUAUGCUUCACAGCUCCCUGCAGCAGGAGGUUCCUUCUACACGGCAGAGACGGUGAAUCAGGCCAGAGCUCAUUACUCCUCCUCCUGGGCUCCCAUCCUCCACGCCACCUCCCUCUGGCUGCACAGCACAGGUUUUGUGAUGUCAGACGACUCACCUGUGAAUCUAUCCAGACCGGCCACACCCACCUCCAUGGGACACACUGACUCUAUGGGCGGAGCUAAGAGUCCAGAGGACGUCAGCGCGGACAGACUGCACUUCAUCCUGGGGAUCAGCGUGGAGUUCCUGUGUUCUCCGCACUCUGAGGACCAGAUGGAGAACAUCACUUCAUGUCUGCGAGCUCUGCAGGCGCUGCUGGACGUCUCCUGGCCGCGAGCUAAGAUCGGAAACGACCAGCCUCUGAGCGUGGAGCUGCUGAGCGUCCUCCACAGACUGAUGGUGACCAGGGAGGCGGUGUCCGUUCAGCUCGCCGUGUUGGAUUUACUGCGACAGAUAGUGACGGCUGCUCAGGAGCACGUGAGGGAGAAACGCCACAGUGCAGAGG